GUUCAGAAGGCGGGCACUGCAGUCUGCAGGGAUUGGAAGGGGAAAGAGCGCGGUGGUGGAGAAUGGGAAAGUGAGCAGCUGUCUCGAAAUUCGAGAUCUCCCUCCUUCUCUCUCUAUUUACUCCAUUUCAGAUGCCCCGUACUAUUUCCAGCUGCCGGAAACCCUAAUUGCAAACAAACCACCGAUUGCUUCCGCAUGGCGAUGGGGUCGGUAGCUACCGUCGGCAACACUUACGAGGAGGCUAGAAAGCAACGUGUCGAGGAGAACAGAAAGCGGUUUAAGGAUUUGGGAAUUUCCGAUCUCUCCAAAUCGCUCUCUAAAACCUCCAAUUCUCCCAAUCCAAAGAGCUUCAAUCUGCUUUGCUUUUCAUCGACGACAUGGUUAAGUUUUGUUUUCGAUGGUUUGAUUUGUGUGCAAAUGUGGGGGGUUUCGCAACAGCGUCAUCCAAAACCGAGGUCGAAGUCCGACAAUGUCUCAGAGGGGAUUCAACCAAGGCGUUCUUCUCGUUCUCGAACUCAAGUCACGUCCUAUGUCGAUGAUUUCCAGGCGGAUUUGGAUCUUUACCCUAAGCGCCGUCGCGGCGGACGCGGCUCUCGGUUAAACCCAUCUUGGACAGACUAUUUGGCAAGACCUCUUGAAGAAGUCGUAAUUGCUUCCUAUGAAGAGCGCGAGCGUGCUCGUAAGGCUGCUGAACAGUUUGAGAAAACUCUGCCCUCUUGCCAUCCCACGUUUGUCAAAUCCAUGGUUCGCUCUCAUGUUUAUAGCUGCUUUUGGCUGGGUCUCCCUUCUCGGUUUUGCAAAAAAAUCCUGCCUAAAUGGGACUCAACCCUGAUACUGGAGCACGAGAGUGGUUCAACACAAGAGACCACGUACCUAGCUAAAAGGACUGGUCUUAGCGGUGGCUGGAGGGCAUUUGCAAUAGAAUAUAAGCUAAAUGAUGGUGAUGCUCUAGUUUUUCAAUUGGUUGAGCCAGAAAGGUUUAAGGUGUGUAUCGCCUUUUCCUUUCAGUUUGUCGCUCGAAUUUCUAGGAUAGGUUUACAUUUUCAGAACAUCAUCAGUUUCCGCUGGUGAAAAACCCAAUGCAGAUGCUAAGAAAAAUACAAGAGCAACUGAAACGGAGGUCGUUCCACCCUCACAGAAGAGACAGAAGGUCAAGGAAGACAAGAAGAAUGAGGAGAAUGAUGAUCCAGCUGAUGGGGAAGAAAGCCAACCAAAAGCUAGAAGAGGCACCGGUAGAAGAACAGUGGUGAAGAAUCAAAUGAAAGCGAAUGGCUUAGCUGUUAAACCACACAACGAUCAACAAGAUGCUCAAGAACACGUAAAGAAGAACGACGAGAAAGAGAAGGGAGCAGAUGGUGAAGAACACCAAACAGAAGCCAGAGGAAGAAACAGUGGAAGACGUUCCAAGUUGGCUGAUGAAUCGAAAGAGAUGGUUUUGGCUAUAUUGGCACCAAUUGAGAAACAAGGUUUGGCAGGCAAGGAUGAGAAGGAGACCUUGGAGGCAGCAGUUGGUGACAAGCCCGGGAAACGGGUUAUCAAGCCAAGGAAAAAACCAGCUCCCAGGUUGUUUCGAAGGAAAGUAUUUAGGGAUUAGGGAAAAGCCAGUUUCCAGUUUCUGCAUUUGACUUUUAGUGUGAGCGAUUAAGAAAAUCGUUCGUUUUGGGGUGAUGUAAAUGGUACUGCCCUUAUUGUAUGGAUCUAGAUUAACGUUAUGAUUUUGGUCAACUUGGAUAGGUUAUUGUGAGCAUUUCGUGAUGUUUGAAUCUUUUCUCAUACAAGAGAGAACCGUUAUUCUCAUAGGCACAUUAUUUGGA